AUGCUCACUUUCAAGGAUACCCAGCUGGCACUCAUACACAUCCCAUUGCAUCUUUACUCGACCUUUCUCCAAAGUAUUCUUCGGGUCCUACUUCCCAAUGAGUCCUCCGACGGUCAAUCAAAUUUCAAUGGCAAUGGCGCUGUGCAGCCUCCUCCAGCCUGGCCUUACGAACAUCCCUUCGUGAAUAUCUCCAUAACACCAAUUGAGUGUUCGGUGGUCUGUUCUAGAAAACUUGCAAACGAACUCUUCCUCCCCGCACUCGAUCGGCUCGAUGCGAAAUCAAGAGAUCAGGUUUCGAUCACCUCCGAAGACUAUGUGGUCAUGCAAGUCGACGGCGAGGGUCUCGAUGCAGGCCAACGUGUCCUCGAGCUGACAAGUCCGCUUGCUUUGGCUGGAAUCUCUAUCUUCUUCAUCACGACCUACUUCUCCGAUUACAUACUGGUACCAAUACGCUACCGAACUCCGGUCGUACAAGCGCUAGAGGAACGAGGUUUUAUAUUUGAAGACCAAACGUCCUCCUACGUCAACCCCAGUCACCCCAGUCACCACAGCCGCAAACAUUCCUCGCCUGAGUCCUUCGAAGUCCGACCGCCAGGCACUCCACCACCAGCGACGGUAUCGGAGUUGCAGACACGGACAUUUUCUACUCUCAAGCGCCGCAACAUCAUCCCGACCGUGGACUCAAGUUUACGUCUGGUGCAUUGCGCCGGCCGCAGAGAUAGUGCAAACGGCAUGAACGAAGGUCGCAAUCGCAGCAGUAUGACCAACGCAGCAGAUGACGCACUCCACCUCGGUCUCAUCAAGUGCCUUAUAUCACCGCCCUAUCCCAAAUUCCUCUCUCUGACACUCACCGACACCGAGCCCGCCUCGCUCCUCCUCGAUCACUCGCUUUCACAGAACUUCGCCCCAGAUAUCUUGUUGGGCUCCAAGGAUGACUUCUUGAUUCCCAUAACGCUCGACCUCCGCGAUCUUCCAAUGGAGAGCACUGGCAUUAUCUGCGGAGUCGCUGGGCGUCUCGUUGGAGGCACGACGGCCCAGCUGCGAAGUCCGGUUGAGAUGAGCUAUCUGAGUACUGCACGUGCGGGUACCGUCAUGGUCGCUGAAGACGAGCUGGAGCGCGCAUUGGGCGCUCUGCGCGGCGCGGAGAACGGGCUGUCUACGCCUGACUAG